CUGGAGGACUGAUUUUCAUAUGGGAGGGGUGAUGGUGAUGGUGAUGAUGGUGGCGGCAGUGGGGAGGGCAGUUUAUUCCCCACCGUUGGGGCUUGGUACAGAGAGUGGCGAGAGGUCUUGCUGGCGACAGGCUGGUGUGGCGCUUUGCGUGUGAGUGUAAGAGGGACGGCUGCUGGCACUGGUCACACAGGAGGUGGUGAACGCUUGCAGUUCGGUCACAAUCACCUACACAGAGAAGAAGGCUGCCAGGCUGUCUGGGUGUGAGUGAACACCCCCUAGCGGAGCUGCUGACAAGCUUUCCUGCAGAGCUUCUGUCUGUCUUCACCAUCAGCAUUUCAAGAGGUCUAUGGUCCAGCAUUGAGCAGAGACCAUGUGGUGUUUGGAGCUGCUCUUAACACUGCUGUUGAUCAUCAACGAUGCCAGUAGCCAGUGGAACGUUUGGGUACCUCGGGACAUCUCGGCCAUGACAAACUCCUGCGUGGUCAUCCCGUGCACCUUCAUGUAUCCGUCUGGCAUCAGGCCGUACCGUGGCAUUCACGGUAUCUGGUACUUUGGCCAGCCCUACCCUCAACUCUUCCCUCCUGUAGUCUUCAAAUCACGCACGGACGUUGUGCAUGAGAGCUACAAGGGCCGCACCAAGCUGCUGGGUGAUCUGCACCAGAGGAACUGCACUCUGCUCAUCAACAACAUUGGCACAGAGCACUCAGGGAGAUACUACUUUCGUGCUGACCUCGGUGGAGCCAACAUGUACACAUACCCAGACUUUGCUGAGCUCAAAGUCCUUGAUCAACCCAACAUCGAUGUCCCAGAGGAGAUUGUCAGUGAUGAGAAUCUGGAGUUGACGUGCUACGCUCCCGACAACUGCCCCGACAUGACUCCAGAGAUCCAGUGGAUGUACACUGACUACCUGCCUGAUCCGGAGUUCUCUUCUGACUACCUGGAAGAGAGCAACACAGCGGUACUCUCCAGCACCCUCACCUUCGUACCCAGACCCAUGCACAACGGACAGCUCCUGGGCUGCAGGGUCUACUACCCCAACACCACAUUGGUCUAUGAGAGGCUCAUCUCUCUAGACAUCAAGUAUGCUCCACGCUCGGUGUGGGUCAAUGUGUCCUCAGAGGUGAUGGAGGGCAGCUCUGUGAUGCUGCACUGCGAGGUGGACAGUAAUCCUCCCUCCCGGAUUUCCUGGAUGUUUGGAGACCAGGAGCUGCUGUGGGACACAGCGUCAAACAUCUCGCUUUCCCUGGAUGACGUGACGCCUGCACAGGAGGGAAUCUACACCUGCGUCGGGGACAAUGGCUAUGGCAUGAUGAACACCUCACUCUACCUGGCUGUCAAGUACCCUCCCCGUGAGCCUCUGGUAAACAACUCUAUGACAGUACAAGAGGGUACCUCGUUGGCACUGCACUGCAGCACCCAGGGCAGCCCGGCCCCGACCCUCACCUGGUUGAAAGACGGAGAGCUGGUGGGCACCAUCACCGCCGACGAGCUGUCGGUGCUGGAGAUCAUGGAGAUCACACCGCAGGGAGAUGGACAGUACCGCUGCCUGGCCGAGAACGAGCACGGCCGAGCCAGCAGCUCCCUCAACAUCACUGUUGAGUAUGCCCCAGUCCUUCUGGAGGAGUCAAAGUGCACAGUGGUGAGGGAGGGUGUCCAGUGCGUCUGCAUGGCCACAGGAAACCCAGAGCCCACCAUUGAGUUCUACCUGCCCGACCUGAACAUCACCAUCAACGAAACAGACGGCCGGUACAACUUCUACACACACACAGACGGACACACCUCCACAGGCAUGAUCAAGCUGCGGGAGAAAGGAGAGCGGGUUGACAACGGCGGCCCUGCCGUCAACGUCCACUGCAGCAUCUACAACAUGUACGGGAGGGAGAGCGUACUUCUGGAGCUACAGCAGGAGAAAAAGUACAUGAUGGCAGUUAUAGUUGGCACCAUCGGAGGAGUGGCGGUCAUAGCCUUCAUCAUUGCAGCAGUGAGAUAUGUUGGCCACAACAACAAGAAAGAGAAUGGCAACCCUAGGCAGGACGUGGUCCUGGAGAACCCAGCUUUGUACUACAGCGCAGUCAAGAAGGACAAACAAAAUCUGAGGAAGAAAGUGCUUAAGACAGAGCUGUUGGGCUCAAAGUUUAACUCCAUUCUAGAGGAGACUACGGGAGAAGACGGGGAUUAUCAACCUGUGGGCUCGAUGGCAGGACUGGAGAGGCAAGAGCUGAAUUAUGCUGCUCUGGAGUUUAUUGGGGCCAGGUCCAGGGAGGGGGCCUCAGGGAGGGGGGAUGACGGCAGCAACUACACGGAAAUCAAAGCCAAAUGAAUCGCGAUCCUUCCCUGAUCCCUCGGCUAUGCGAGACGCAGUGGCAACCCCGUAUCACACACAUCUCCUGCCCCAUAAACUCUAUAAUAACCCCACCUCCUCCUCUGGAUUUCACUCUGCAUACGAUGACUCCUCGUUUCUCAUCUCUUCAGAUUUGUCACUUAUAACGUAUCACUUGAUGCCAGUACUCCCCACCCCCUCAUGCUGCCCCUCCUCCAUGGGAUGCCCCUUCAUAUGCCACCAUAUGGAAAAACUGGUACUUUUUGGGUCUGACCAUGACCCAGUGGACAAUGUAAAAGAAAUUAUUUAAAUUUCUAGCCUCAGUUGUAAUACGUGGGCUCUAAAACAUGCAGUGUUAACAAGCGACCUUGUUUUUGUUGCUUCCUCCAUGUUCUUCAUUGUGAUUGUUGAUGUUAUUGUCAAAUGACAGACAUCUGUGCUCGCAUCCAUCUCACCAUUCGCUCUACAUCUGUCUCUUGUAACUGUCACUGUGUCUGCUGCCAGCCAAAGCAUCGGGGCAAGGAGUAACCGUGCUUUCUGUUCUCUUAUCUUUGUGCGUGUCUAUCGACUGAGAGCAAACCCUCUCCUCUCUUUCCUUUGGUUAACUUCAUCCUGAGAAGAUAACUGACUGAGGCAGGAGUUGGAAACACAUCUCAGAAUCUUGUUUCCGCAUAAUUGUAUUUAAUGUGUGCUGUGACUCAGUAGCCUCUCAUAAUAAACGAGAAAAAAAAAUGUCACCAUCACUUUUGAUAGUAAUUGAAGAGGUUUUGUAAAUUAAAGUGAUACACCGUUCGGUUCUGCAAAAAUGUCACAGCUUCUUUCCAGCAUCCAACUGUAGAAUGUGUUGAGAUCUUUUGGGAAUUUCCUGCACCGUGGCCAACGCAAAAUGUCUGUCUCAUCUUCUACUUCUUCUGCCUAAGGCGUGGGGGCCUAGCUCUGUGAUUGAUCUGGAAAAAAAAGACCUAAAAAGCACAUCAUACUUGCUUGUGAGCAGCCAAAGUGGUAUCUCUUUUAGACAAUGUGUGUGUGUGUGUGUGUGUACGCGUGUGUGUUCAUAUCGUGCUGAAAGAUCACAGGACACUGAUCUCUGGGGUCUUUGGGAAGUUCAAGUAUCACUUCACUUGAGAAGCUGAUGCUUUUUUUUUUUUCUUUCUCUCGUGGGGGUGCAUCAGAUGUUUGAUAACCAGCCAGCUGGUUGUGCUAUUCAAAGACAUUUGAUCAACCCAUGAUGUAAUAUCAGAGCUCACUAAUAGUCUAACUUGAUAAUGAUGGUGUCAAUAAUGUAUUAAUAAGAUGUAUAUUGAUAGGGAGAGGGAUGCCAGUAUGUACAGUAAAUACCAUGCAUGAGUCUUUUGCCAGCAGGCACACAUGAUUUAAGUAUUGAACUAUGAUGAAAAAGCCAGUGUGGCAAAUUGAAAACAUCAUUCAACAUCACAACAUCAUUGCCAUACAUCAUUCAACCACUCCGACUGAACACUGUCUUGAUAUGAGCUUAGAAAACAGCACCCAGCCUCUAGCUAGUUUACACUAUAGCGUAGUCAAAGUCAAAUCAGAGGCAAUGUUUACAUGCAGGGAGUAACCUUGUUAUUCACUGUGAUUGCAGUUGAUUUAAGUAUAAUACCUGCUGUGUUAACCCAUGUUUUCUAUUAAUCAUUAAAGGGGUGCAGCAGCAAUUUAUUAUUGUGCUUCUGUUAAAGUGAAUGACUCACAAGAGACAGAUUUUUAAAACAAUGGUCAAAUCGAAGCUGAAAGUCCGGAUUCUUAGUCCUUCUUAUAGGUUUAAUCUCCAAUAACGCUGGAUCCUACAUCACCGAAAAUGCAGCCAAUAGUAUAUUUUUAUUAAACCUUCCCUGCUGGUUAAAUGCCCACGUCUCUCAAACUCCAUGUGUGUGGUUAACUCUUAACUCGCUGUCUGCAAUAAAUGUGAUAACCAUGAUGAUAUCACCAGGGUUUGUUUUCUCAGACUUCAUAAAGCUAAUCCAGAGCCACGGAGGACAUUACACAAUUGUUUCCUCGGGCUGAGCAGUACUGUCCAUGACUGAUAACUGACAUUUAUGUUAGUAAGUCAGGGGAGUUCCCCUCUAAUAUACAUGGAGAGUCUAAACCGUCUGAAGAAGCUACCACUCUGCUUCUUCCACUCCCACUCCAGCCUACUUCUUUCACUUUGCAUCAUAUCUUGCAGGACAUACGCCUCCGUUUCUUCUCAAAGUCACACUGCAGCCUUAACUGACCUUUAAUCUUAGUGGGUCUGUGUUCACAACAUAUGUUGUGAAAAGGCAAAUUGAUAUUUACUAAUUGAUAUUUGAUCGUAUGAUGGAUUACUUUAACACUGUAAGUUAAGAUAAACAAUGUUUUUGUCUAAGUGAAUCAUGUAAAACAAUUACCUAGUCAGUUUUCUCUGGAAGAAAUGAGCUACAGAUUGACUUUCAAAAAACCAUUUACUUCAUUGUGUUGAACAUUGAAUUUCCUUUCCACAACAGACAUCGACAUACUUUGCAUGUGUCGAUGUUGAUAGAGGGCUCAAGUGGAAAGUAAAAUCUGGCGGGAGAUGUGCAAUCAUCUCUUCAUGAAGACUGAAAUUACUUUUGAUACACAUUCAACGACCAAGCCUUUAUAAAUUUAUGUUAUGAAACAACAUUGUACUGCAGCUGCCUCAUUUAACAUCAUAGAUUAAGUUAAUCAAGACAGCGGCAUGUCUCUGUGAGCUGUUCAUAAUUGGUUUAACAGUCAGCGUGAUUCCAAAAUACAGCAAAGGCUUCUGAUUGUGGGAACUCCUUGUAGAGAUCGACUGUUCCUAGGCAGCAAUGGCAAAAUGAAAACAACACAAUUACACCAUUAGGAAUACUUAAGCUGUUCACAGGAACCCAAUUGAAUCUCUCUCUGUAAAAACCCCUGUUUGAUAAACCAUGUUGAUGAAGCGUCAGGUUGCCUCUGACACGGGGCAAAAAAUACUAGUAUAGAGGAUAUUUUUUCUGACAUCAAACGACACCCAUAAUGCUGUGAGGUGUUGGUCUGAGUGUGUAAACUAGAAGUGAAAGACCUGAGAUAUUGCUUAACAGAUGCUCAUCAAUGUUACACAAUAUGUGAGUGCUACUUACACACUCCAAGACAAGACAGCAGUUCUCUGUGCAUGUAAACAAAGCUAGUGUCAACCUGCUAUUUUGAUUCACGUUAAGCUUUUAUUGAGACAUUGUUCUGUUGACUUGAUGUUGGAGGGUUUCAGAUACAGUAUGCUGGCUAGUGUUCAUAAACUGCCUGUAUGCACAAUAUCAAUAACCGGUUCCUGUCUUUAAAACACCUCAUGUGGGGAGGUUAUUUUUUAUUUAUUCAUUUUUUUUAAAGUAGAAAUAUCAAAUAAGUCUUACCUAAUCUUUUGGCUGUGUGUUGUAAAGCAAAUUUGUAUGUACUAUACUUUGUGGUGAUCAUAAUUAUUAUUAUGGAAAGUUUUUUUUCUACAUAUAUGAUUGACACAAUAAUUCCGAUCAGGGUUUAGCAAUCCCUCUGCAAAUUAGCACUGUUAAUGACAGUAGGGUUUCUGCAAUGAUGUACUUUGCUUGCUUUUGUUUUAAACAACUCCUUCACACCUCAAGCAAAUUCAUCUGUCUUCAGUUCCAUGCAAACAUAAAUAAAGUAAAAACACCAUAAAAUGGAAACAGUUGGUUAUUGUUAGAGAACAAACUGUGAAGCGUCUGUUUCUCGUGCUGUCGCUUGUUUUUGUGUGGUUGAAUGAACAAAAGAGAAAAAAAUUGACCUCCUCUUAAAAAGCAGUUUUACAUGCUCAAAUUAAAACAUCAGCCCUCACAUACAAGGCUUUGGGGAGUUUAAUCUGGAUUUACCAAUCUUACAAUGUUGUUUGGUAGUAUUACAUAUUUAGAGUCUGUGUUGUUUUGUGGGUGAGUACGGGUAAGGACAUCAAUAAAGCACAUACAGUGUAGGACUUGAAAGAUUUACUCAUUCCUAUGUCUUCAAAUAUACAUUUUGCAAUUUUAUCUGGGCCUGAAGAACAACAGGGUGAUCGUUGGAAUAAAACUUAUGACCUGGCAGUUUUAGGGAUGGCAGUGUUGAUCCAUUAUUUCCACCACUGAAAUAUCUCAACAACUAUUGGAUAGUUUCAUCAAGUUUUGUGCAUGUAUUCAUCAUAAAUCGUGAUGGCUUUGGUGAUCCCUUGACUUUACAUCUUACACCACCAUGAGGUUGACAUUUCUGGGUUUGGUUUUGAGUGAAAUGUCCCAAAAAGCUUGGAAUAGGUUUCCCUGAAAUUUGGCGCACACAGGGUGAACAGUGAGCAUGUGAUUGUGAGCGUGUUAGCUGUAUGAUAGACAUUCUGUGUCACUGUGUAGGAUAAGUAAAAGAAUUGUCACUCAGUUGUAGCCUGGCUGAACAUAACCAGCAAUUCAAAGUAUGAACAGGAAGUUUCCAUAUUCACAGUCUGUGAUGGCCAAAUAACUACAGCUCAAUCAUUUUUACAGUGACUUCGUGAGAAUCCUUCUUGUCAGAUUUUGCAGAUGUUUGAAAAAAACAGAGGUUCUGUCCUCAUAUAUGUCCUAAACAUAUAUAUUGUACAUAAUAUAAUAUCAUGAUAUUAUAACUGUAUUAAAAUAUGGCAGUCUGAGCAGAGGGAGAGUAGUCAGCAGCAUGACAAAAACUUCCUUAAAAGUUUAAGCACAAGGAGGGAACAAGUGCAGUUUAGUCACUCUGCAGAGCUCACUGUGAGGAGGAGAGACCAGAAGGACGAGACAGAAAGAGGAGUGAUCUGAGUUCCUGUAGCCUUUCUGUCAGCUGUCUGGCCAUUGUCUGCUGAUCUCUCUCAUCAACAAGGUGCAUCAGCGUGGGGAAGAACACACUGUCAAAAUAAUUUCUGUUUCACUCUGACUGAAGGAGAAAUAACAGCAGAGGCUGGAAUUUGUGUUGUGAUACCGUGCACUUUCACUACUGAUUUGAACCCCAAACUAUAGUUUGGUACAAAUGUGAACCAACUAAACAACAAUGUCAUGAUUCAGGCAUGAUAUUCCACUCAGAUAAGAACAUAAAGAUUCAGCCUGAGUUUGGAGGACGAGUGUCUCUGUUGGAGCCUGACGUGAGUCAGAAGAACUGCAGCAUCAUCAUCAAUGACCUGAAGCAGUCAGACUCUGGAUCAUAUCAAAUAUAAAGUUAAUGGUAUCAUAUUUCGGAUAGCAGACGGAUUUACAUGCUCCCAAAGGGCAACUGUCUCAGUUAAAGGGUGCUCACCUGAUUCCAUUCAUGGACUAAUCUCCCAUCAGUUCUGAGUCAGAAGCCCACAGUGAUGGUUCCUCCUCUGACAGAGGGACAGCAGACCACACUGACCUGCACUGUUCCUGGUCUCUGCUCUGGAUCUGAUCCUGAAAUCACCUGGAUGUGGAGAGGAGCAGGAGAGAAGAACUCUCACAUCACAGAAAACAUCACAGCCAAUCAGGGAUGAACCUCAACUCUGACCUUUAACCCUUCAGCUGAACACCACAGCACAGAGGUCACCUGUAAGGUCAACUUCAGAGGAGACAGUGACUCUGAAUGUGAGCUAUCAUCAUGGACUGAAUGUGGCUCCUUUCUUGGCUGUUGCUGUUAUAUCUCUCAUUGUGAAUGUCGUCUUCAUAAUCUGCUUUGUGUUCCUUUGGAACUCAAGGAAGAAGGUGAAACCAAAUGAAGAGGACAGAACUUACAUGUCACUGCAGAAAACAGGAACAUCACCAGAGUACGAUGUUAUUGGGCAGCCUCUGAACUGAUAAAUGUGUCUUUAUAGAAGAGCGGCUGUGGCUCAGGAGGUAGAGCGGUUCACCCACCAACCAGAAGGCCAGUGGUUCGAUCCCCGGCUCCUCUACUCUGUUUACUGAAGUAUUGUUGGGCAAGAUACUGAACCCCAAAUUACCCCUGAUGUAUCAUCAAUGUGUGUGUGUGUUAGAGCACUUCAUAUGUAUAGAGGAAGUGCUGAGUGAAUGUCAGGUGUACUGUAAAGCACUUUAAAUGGUCAGUACUAGAAAAGCACUAUAUAAGUGCAGUCUGUUAUCAUUCAGCUCCACCCUUUAAAUUAACAUUCAACAUAACAUUUUCAUAUUUUUUCCAUCUUAACUGUAUUACUGAUAAAUGCUUUGGUAAUUAAUAGACAAUUUACAGAAAUAAUAUUGUUCUGUUUUAUUUUAAAGUAAAGUCAAUGCUCACUGAA